AUGGAUGCACAGUAUCCUUUUGCCUCACGCGACGAUAUCUGGCGCGUUUUUGAAGAGUUAAAAGACCUGCACGCCACACAGAUUGAGCAGGCGGAACGCAUUGCGAGACUCGAACGCCGGAGGGACGAGGAUGCAAGGUUGAAAAGUGUCUGGGGCCCCUUGUCACCUUUUCCAAGCUCUGUUGGCGGUACGAUAUCGACGGAGCCCGUAUUCCAGCCUACAGUCGACACUUUCAAGGGAUUCGACCAAGGACAACAUCACAAUAUGGGUCCCAUGGCCUUGGACCCUGAAGAUGAACCAAGGAGGGGUACGUCGAGAGCGAAUAGCGUUCGAUUUGAUGAAAGUGCCAUACACGGGUAUUACGGGCAGGCCAAUCGUUCUAGUAGUGAGCUUCCGAUAAGAACCGGAAGCGGGAUGGGAAGCCUUCCUCUUACUGAGCGAUCUUUAUCACAUCGCUCGGACGGAAGGCAGAGCUCGUCAGGAUAUUCUCAUCAUUCAGCCCGAACCAAUAGCCUGGGUUUAGAGACAACCAACAGGAUAAUGGGCUCAAUGCUGAGCGAUUCGCCUCUCAUACCUCCGCCAGGCCUGUUUCUACUAGGCCCCGUUCCAGCUAUUAUCCGGUGCUGGAUGACCACAAAUUUCUCGAAUGAUUCACUUCUUUACGCGGCUGCCUGCAGUGGAUCGUAUAGAUCUCUGUUGAGCCACGCGAUGGUUCGAAAGCUGGGUUUUGAGGAACAGCUGGUACAAGACGUUGACUCGCAGUAUAUCAAGCUUCCAAUGUAUCUUCCAGAAGCCAGUGUGCAUCAGGCUUCAUCACGCCCUAGUAGUCCUGCCCCCCAGGUCCCCACCUUGACAAUCCGUUUCCUUGUUCAACAUGUUAGCACAGAUGAUACUUCGGUCCAGAUCAUCCUUGGGAGUGAUGUCCUUCGUGCCCAUAAUGCUGACAUCCUGUUUUCGCAAGACAAGAUUAUUAUGGUGGACGACGAAAGGAACAAGGUAUCUAUUCCUUUGGUACGGCCCGAGAAUGACUCUGUUUUCAAACACCUACACACUGCAUCGAGACAUAUGACCCCAUCAGGAGAUAUAUCUCGAACGUCGCUUGAUUUGACGAGUGAACGUGUUGACAUAGAAAACCCACCCGCCGUUGGUGUAAUCGGGAAGCGUACUCGCGUUUCGCAAGAGGCUCAUCCGGCCUCUUCUCCCAGUCGAGACUUUGCGUCCGAGUUUGCGAAUAGUCGAGCAGCAGAAUCACCGGAUGAUUCAAGGAAUGGCAAAGAUGAUAGCCCGCAGGUUCCGGCCAAAACUGGCAUAUCAACCGACACACAAGGAGACAGUGUUGUGAAGGUGCAGCCCGCUGGUGUAUGGGGCUCAUGGAAGCGCGACACAAAGACUGACGCGAAUGCCGCUGGAGCAGGGAAGCCCUCCCGUCCACGUCCGAUGAAGGUUCUCCGGCCCUCAAAAGCUACGAAUCGAAGUGUUUCGGCCACUGGGCCACCUGGUGCUUCCAGCAGCGAGGCGACAGGGCCUCCAUCAUCACAUCCUGCAUCAACAAUGACCUCGCCUGAAAGUCGAACGGGGAAACCACUCACCCCCAACCCGAUUGGAGGUGCUUCGGCCUUCCCAUGGCUGAAUGCGUCCUGA